GAGCAGGCAUUGAUGAAAUGAUGAUGAUGAUGCAUAUUGUGGACUCAGGUAUUUCAAUUUUUUAUAACUUAGGCUUUUCAUGUACUUCCUUGUGUUAUUUGCUUAUAUAAAUCCUUUCACAGAUAGACGAAGCCUUAAGUGGGCUUGUGAACUGCCAUGAACAGAGUGGUGGCUGGCUGUGCCCUGUGUUCAGCCUCAGGGCUGCUCUGGAUGGGACUUUUCCGCCUCUCAAAUCACCUGAUGACCCAGCUCUUCAAGGCCAAGAAGUGGAGUGUCUCGGCACACCACAUAAUGAACAUGAGUGAAGCCAUCGUUUCCAGCUUGCAGGCCGUGGCAUCCUCUGCUUGUGGAGUUGUGGUGGUGGUCUCCUGCAGGCAUGAUGUGAUGAAGGCAGUCCAUCCUCUUGCUUCCUGGUAUGCCUGGGUUGCAGGAAGCUACUUCAUUUAUGAUGCAAUAGCAAUGUAUCAGGUCCACCUGGCAAGCUUGGCAGAAGUUCCCAAGAGGUUCACUGACCGAGUAUGCAGCUACCUGAGGCGGAGGACACUCUUAGUUCUUCACCAUGUUGUUGUGGCUUUUGUCCUUGUACCUGUGCUGGUGUACAGGAGCGGGCUGGGAGACUUCUUUGUGGGCUGCUUUUACUGUGUGGAGCUUAGUGGACCCUUCACUAACAUGAGAGUUGUGUUGAGCAGACUCGGCCUCAAGACUUCAAGAUGGUACAGUGUGAAUGGGCUCCUCAUGAUCACCAGUUUUGCGCUGUGCCGAGUGGCUGUCUUCCCCUACAUGUACUUUGCCUAUGGCACCCAGUAUGACCUCAGUAUUCUUCAAGUAGUGAGGAAAAUUCCAGUACAUUGCAACCUUGGCUCACUAAUGGUGCUGCUGCCACAGGUGCAUUGGCUAAGACUAAUGUUGUUAGGUGCAUUCAAAGUGUCCCGGGGCACUCCCAUCACUGAGGCAGAUGAGAAGAUUGACUGAGUUCAGGAAGGCAGCGGGUGAGUGGUCAGCGUGCGGGUGCGGCCCUGGAAGACCUGGGUUCAAGUCUCAUCUCCUGCUACAAGCUAACAAUUUUCAAUCAUUGCAAUGGCUGAAAACAAUCAAGAUGCUGUCCUGAUGACCACCCAUUAACCCAGACGGCCAUGAAAAGCCUACCAGAGCUAUACGGUGCAGUUUAAGUAGCCUUGAUUCACUUUUUUGUCUUAUAUGUGAAUGUGCCAACUACUUAUCUACUAAUCCAUUUAUUGUAUUUGUGUACUUUGAGUGUGUUUAUAUUUACCCAGAUAUUGUAUGCAGGAUGAGUUAGUCCCAUCUUGUCCUACCUCCAUACCUUGGUUUAUCCAGCUGAGCUUUAUACAGUAACAGUCCUGUAAUCAUAACACGGGUAACCCCAAAAUCCCAAUACAGGUAAUUCUCGAUUUACGCGAUUAUUGCGUCCUUGAAGAGGUCGCGUAAAUCAAAAACAAUGUAAAUCAAACAAGAGGUAGGUUUCUGUCGAAAAAUAAAUACCACAUUUCUCGGCGUAUAGCGCGCACCUUUUUCACAUAAAAAAUGCUUGAAAGUUUAGCCCUGCGCGUUAUAUGCCGAAUGUACAAGUUUUUAAUGAUUUUUUUUCUUCUUUGGGGUGUUUUUAAGGAUCUGUUUUUCGUCUUAUCCAAUAACAACGGCAAACUUACCUUUAUUUUUGUUUAUAAUCCUUCAUAGUCCGUAGCUGUCUUAUAAUAUGUUACCAUAGAAUACAGGGCGAUCAAAUAACUACUAUACAAAAAUUAAAUCGGUGGAGGAUCGCCCAUGCCUUGCUGUUAUCCCGUUUUUCCGUCGGGCGCCAUUUGUAUGAUCUUGAUCUUGAUGUCACAGGUGGCUUAAGAUUGUAUGACUAAAGAGCAGUACAAGCUACUUAAAAAAUCAUAUUGGAAAAAAAUAUCCAUGUGUUCAUUAUUAAUUAUUAAUAUUAGUGAGAAUAAUGGGGUAAAUAUGAUAUCAGAAACUGUACAUCAUGAGUAUUGUACGAGGAGUUAUUUCGCGCAAUAACAGCCCGGCCGCCAUUUGCAUUGUUUACAAACGACACAGCCACACCCAAACAACAAACAGCUGCAUGCCGCGUGUCACCAGAACCGUGUGAAUUGUGUCUUGCCUAGUUGCCUGUCAUAACCUACGAGUGAUGGUGAGAAUAAUAUGCUUAUUCACUUCAUUCAGUGGAGAGAGAGAGAGAGAGAAUAUCCAUAUCACUGAGAUAUCCACUCAGGCACUCAGUCUCAGCCUCGCUCGUGUGAGGAAGAAAUGAGGGACACCAUGAGCGGCUGGCUAGUAUUGGUACCGGUACCGAGCAGUCUGGUCCGGUACCGUACCGUAUAGCUGGUACCGUUAGUACCGGUACCUGCCCACCCCUAUUGUUGAGUAGCGUGGCAGCGUGGGUACUGUAUUGUUGUUCAAGUGGCGCGCGGGAAGAACUGAGCUCAGCUGUGUGGCCGCGGCGCCGUGUGAGUCCAGUUGCGUGAGACAUCUGGUGGCCACUCCAUAAAAUAUCGCGUAUAAGUGAAAAAAACAUGUAAAUUAAACAUUUAUUUGGAUUUUGGACCCCGCGUUAUUUAAAAAACGCGUAAACCAAACUCGCGUAAAUCGAGAGUUACCUGUAGUCCGAAUGUUCUGAAGUGGUUGACAAAUAUUCCAGAACUGAAAAACAAAGACAAAUGAGGUGCCACAUGCUCCAAGUGGUGCCAGGCAGCGGGGACAAGAAACAGGAGACUCAGAAGAGAUUUAGAUUUUGUCUAGACAUUGACAGAGAAAUAGUCACCUUAUUUUAGGAUUUUAUUUAUUUAUUUAUUUUAUUUUAUUUGUUUUUUACAGCAAGGGAGACAGCUCAAGGGCACAAAACAAUAAAGCAACAAUAUAACCCGCCAGGCGCUGCUCCAACAACAGCAACUGAAACAAGAGGCCAAAAGAGAGGUCAAUUUCAGAAGAGGAGUCUUGACACUCCUCUCUUGAAAGAUGUCAAGCCAUAGGUGGAAGGAAAUACAGACAAAGGAAGGCUGUUCCAGAGUUUACCAGCAAGAGGUAUAAAAGAAUGAAGGUGCUGGUUAACUCUUGCAUAAGGGAUUUGGACAGUAUAUGAGUAAGUAAGAAUAGAAAGUCGAGUGCAGUGCCCUGGACUGCAGGAAUGGGGGAGGCAUGUAGUCAGCAAGUUCAGAAGAGCAGUCGGUGUGAAAAUAUCAAGAUAUUUUGCGACAGAAUUUAAGAGGUAGAAGACUGUCAGUAAGAGGAGAGGAGUUAAUGAGACGAAGAGCCUAAGACUCUACUUUGUCCAAAAGAGCUGUGUGUGUGGAGCCCCCCCACACGUGAGAUGCAUACUCCAUUAUGAGGACUGACAAGGCUAUUGUAUAUGGACAGCAUCUGUGCUGAAGAGAAAAACUGGCGGAGACGAUACAGAAUGCCCAACCUUGAGGAAGCUGAUUUAGUGAGAGAAGAGAUGUGGUUUCCAUUUUUUUUAUUUUGAGUUAAGGAUAGGCCGAGGAUGUUUAGUGUAGGAAAAGAUGACAGCUGAGUGUUGUUGAAGAAUAGGGGAUAGGUGUUUGGAAGAUUAUGUCGAGUUGAUAGGUGGAGAAAUUGAGUUUUUGAGGCAUUGAAGGACACAAGGUUUCUUUUACCCCAAUCGGAAAUAAUAGCAAGGUCUGAGGUUAAGCGCUCUGCAGCCUCCAGUCUUGAGUCAUGUAAUUCCUGUUCGGAUGGUCUCCUAUUGAAAGAAGUUGAAUAAUGCAGAGUGGAGCUUUUUGGGGGGUUUUCAAGGUUGAGUCAUAUUCCCCCCCCAAAAAAAAGAAACUGCACCAGUUGGCUUCAUAUAACUCGUACAUCGAGAAAAGACCUUACCUUUUUCAUGUAUGGCAUUUAUUUUACUUAAAAAAUGUGUGAAAUUUUGAAAAAAGUCCAAAAUUGUUACAAAACUGGCAAAAAAAAAGAAGAUAAAAUGAAUCUUUUCUAAAAUGCAAAAUACUUCAUUCACUUCAUUGUUUCGGGAACUUAGACUAUAGAAAAGGCUUGUAAAUUAGUGUUGCUGCCAUAUUGUGACACUUUACUCAGUGUAAAACCUUUUUUCUAUUGAUAUAAAGUAGGCACCAUUUUUGUAAAAUUUCCUUGGAGGAAAGUUGGAAAAGGGUCAUUCCACCGUUACGGUCGUUUCAUUCGGAAGUAACUUAUUGGUGCACUCUUACCUGUAUCUCUAGAAGUUAUGCAGUUAGCUUGAUAUGAUUUUUACCAAGAUAGUACUAAUGGCUAAAGAGGUUAAUGAGACUAUCCGGAACAUUCUGUGUUUAUUGUUGUUCUUGUUAUUUAUUGUUGAAGAGGACGUUACGGUCGUUUCACAAAUGCAACCCGCAGUUUGACUUAGUGUUGUACAUAUGCAAAACUCUGUGAGAAUACAAAGAAAUUUCCAAAUAUUUUAUAUGCAUGUUAUAGAUGAAGCUUUAAGUUAUGCAAAUAUGUAUAGGUUUUGUCAAUUACCAUUUCAGUUUUUCAUACAAAAAAUAAAGAACGCCGUUACGGUCGUUUCAAAAAUUUUGU